UCCUCUUCCGGGUGCUAUUGGGCAGGCGGAUUCAGACCAGACGUUUAGACGUUGAGCCUCUGCGUGCUGCAGCCAGGGCUUACUCGCUGUAUUCGGCAGGCUUCUCACUUCCACCCAAGAGCCAGUCGGUAAUCACUUUGAAAUCGCCAUAACGGAGCGGGACUGUGGUAUGGAUACCAACCAGGCGGUGCCCGUAGAGGUGGCGCUCCUGGAGCUCAUGAAGAAGACCGGAUACAGCAUGAUGCAGGAGAACGGCCAGCGGAAGUACGGCCCACCCCCAGGUUGGGACGGCCCGCCCCCGCCCAGGGGCAGCGAGGUGUUUGUUGGGAAGAUUCCCAGGGACAUGUAUGAGGAUGAGCUGGUGCCCGUGUUCGAGAAGGCCGGCUACAUCUACACAUUCAGACUCAUGAUGGAGUUCAGCGGAGAGAACCGCGGCUAUGCCUUCGUAAUGUACACCAAAAGAGAGAUGGCGCAGAAGGCCAUCCACAUGCUGGAUAACUAUGAGAUCCGACCGGGGAAGUACAUCGGAGUGUGCGUGAGUCUGGACAACUGCCGUCUCUUUGUGGGCUCACUUCCCAAAGACAAGAACAAAGAGGAGAUAAUGGAGGAGAUGAAGAAGGUAACAGAGGGAGUUGUGGAUGUCAUAGUGUAUCCCAGUGCUACUGAUAAGAACAGGAACAGAGGCUUCGCCUUUGUAGAGUACGAGUCCCACAAGGCUGCAGCAAUGGCCCGCAGGAAACUCAUACCAGAAUCACUACAGCUGUGGGGCCUCAACAUCCAGGUGGACUGGGCGGAGCCGGAGAAGGACGUGGAUGAGGAGACCAUGCAGCGCGUCAGGGUCCUAUACGUGCGUAACCUGAUGCUGAGCACCAGCGAGGAGACCCUGCAGGAGGCGUUCUCCUGCGUGCGCCCCGGCUCAGUGGAGCGCGUGAAGAAGCUGACGGACUACGCCUUCGUCCACUACCGCAGCCGGCAGGACGCGCUGGACGCCCUGCGCCUCAUGAACGGCACGCUCAUCGACGGCGCCCUGGUCACCGUGUCCCUGGCCAAGCCCGCGGCGGGCAGGGACGGAGGCGGCGCCACGUGGAGGCACGGCGGCGGGGGCGGGAACCGAGGCUACGUGGGGAGGAACCCCGCCAUGGCGGGGGGUGGCAGAGGAGGUGGAGACGGCCUGUUUCUGUUUCAGCGCGAGAACGGAGGAGUGGAGGGGAGGAGAUGCACCACCCCGGGGCCUCCCGGGCUUCUGCCGGCAUGCCUGGGAAGCCCUGUGUACCUCGGUGGAGCAGGAGGGUCGGGAGAUGGGGCUCAGAGGGUGUUCCCCCUCCCUCCGGGUACGCCCCUCUCUCCAAGCAGCCUGCAAGCCCUGAAGCCCUACCAGAUGUCCAGUUACGUCAGCCUCCUGGAACACUUCUGCUAUCAGCAUUCUUGGAGCCCUCCAGACUACUACCUCUUCUCCACCCCUGGGCCCAAGAUACUGCUAAUAUUUAAGGUGGUGCUGGUCUCUACCCAGAACAGCUACUUGCCAGACAAGCUGUGUGCUCUGGUGGAGGAUGCAAGGGAGCUGGCUGCACAGCACGCACUCUGGAGCCUAGACGGUUCCUGGCUGUCUGGUGAUAAUGGUCCUGGUUCUCCAGCCCCCCUCUCUCCCCCUCUAAGUGCUGUUGGGUUGGGCUACAGCUCUAGAGCCUUGACCCCCUGUUUUACCUCCCCGUACCCCAACUCGUCCCUCUCUCCCCCGCUGCCCUCCCUCUCCCAAAUCUACGCCCCCCUGCCGUCCCCCUUCUACUGACGGAACACCUGCGCUUGGUUGAGAGAGGAGAGAGACAGGAGGAGAACAGAGAGAGAGGAGACCAGGAGAGGGCCAGAUGAAGAGAGCAAAGAGGG